UCGCAGAAAGGUAUGUUCUGUUCGCAGAAAGUCAGUCAGAAAACAAGAAGUCAUAGUCGUACAAAUAAUAAUUGCUCAAUAAAAAGGUUUCAAUAUUUUUUCAACGGUUUAAAGAAAAUGAAUAAUUUGAAAGACCUUGGAAAUGUAGAGAUAAACAAUUACAAGUAUAAGUCUUAAUAGUCUAUCCAGCUUCCUAAUUAUAGGAUAAGAUAACAAUUCUAAGAAUUCUGAAAUCCGAGGUUAUAAUAGAUAUGAGGUUACCACGUUUUGCAGUAAUUAGAAGAGCUUUGUCAUACACAAUAAAGUCAAUAGAAAGUAUGCAAGUCGAACAUACUGAAAAUUAUCAGAGUGCUAUCAAAGCCCUGAAUGGCUUGCAGACAAACGCUCAGUAUAUUAAAAAUGCGGCCAAUAAACCGAAUAUUGCUUCCAAAGUCCAAGAAGUUGCAAAAUUUUUGAAAAGGUCUGGUGUGUCAUUGGAGCAGCUAGAUAAACUGUCAGUCAUCCAUGUUACAGGAACCAAUGGCAAAGGAACUACUUGUGCCUACUGUGAAAGUAUUCUUCGCAAUCAUGGCUAUAAAACAGGAUUUUUUUCAUCUCCACACCUUUUGGAUGUUCGUGAAAGAAUUAGAAUUGAUGGAAAACCAAUUUCAAAAUCUAUGUUUGCCAAGUACUUUUGGAAAAUCUAUCCUUUACUGGAUAAGCAAAAGGUAAUGAGCUUGCACCAUAACAAUAGAAAGGGGGACUUGACUAUUUGGUUUUUAAAAACUGAGAAAUAUUUUAUUUGUCAAAGAAAUACUGCUGUUGUGGGUAUCACCCCUUUAGAUAUGGAUCAUACUUCAUUGUUGGGAAAUUCUUUGGAAUCUAUUGCAUGGAAUAAAAGUGGUAUAAUGAAAGAAGGAUGUCUGGCUUUCUCCACUAAACAGCCGCCAAACGUGUUACAAGUAUUUCAGGAUCGAAGUUUAGAACGAAAAUGCUCUUUUAAAAUUGUGGAAGAAAACAGUUAUUUGGAGGAUAACUCAUAUAUGCCCCCACAUGUUCGGAGAACAAAUGCCAGCUUAGCUCUAGCGUUAACUGAAGCUUUUAUGAGUAGAGACAAAAGUAAGAAGAAAAAAUUUUCACUGGAACUAGCAAAACAAUCCAUAGAAGAAACUCGAUGGCCUGGGAGAUAUGAAAUCAAACAUUUCAAAGGCUUUAGAUUUUACCUGGACGGCGCUCAUACUUUCGACAGUAUUUGUGUUUGUAGAGAUUGGUUUGAUUCUCACACCAGUAUACGUAAUGUGAAGAAAUGUCUUAUAUUCAAUAUUACUGGGGAACGUGACCCGGAAAUGUUUUUCAAGGAGUUGGGCAAAUGUGAAUUUGAUGCUGUUAUUUUCAUACCAAAUGUAGGAGGCGAAAAUGAUAGAUCAGAUACAGCCGACUUCAAGCUACCAGAAGACAAGCAAUUGCAACGUUGCGAAGCUUACCGAUUGAAGUGGCUGACCCUGGAGGAAUUGUUUGAAAAAAGAUCGGAAACUGUCUGUGUUAAGCCUAGCUUCUCAAAAGCUGUAGAAUUUCUAGAAAUUAGUUAUAAUGACUGUGAUAUUUUAGUAACAGGAUCUAUUCAUUUGAUUGGAGCAGCUCUUUCAGUUCUUGAUCCUACUCUCAAUGGUGCAUUAAAUGAGUGAUACCAUUGUUGUUUAUGGUUUUUUUAUAGAAAUAUUUGAAAAUAAAUUGAAGAGAAAAGAAUGUUUGUUCAGAGACAGUAUUCUUUAUACAUAAUUCACAUAACUUUAAUACAUUUGUUUUUCUUUAUCUUCUUAUAAGUUGAGAAAAUGUAUUACUGAAAUGGAAUAUUUUGUAAGUCAAUAUAGAGGGUGAUCAUUUUUUCUAUUCUUGCCAUUUGGUUCUUGCAUGUCGUAGCGGAAAGAAUUUUGGAGAUAUCCAGAAUAUUUCAUAAAGUUGUCAAAGAAAAAUUUCAAUAUGAAGAUCAAAUAAGGUUUGUUUUACAUUUCUUAAAAAAAUUCAUCAAACGUUUAGUGGAAACAAAGUGAAAAAGAUCCUACUUCUGAAAGUAAUGGAAACAUGAAUUCUAUAUCUAUAUGCCUGUUAUAUAAUGAAAAUAUUAAAGAAUUUGUGAAAGCCUUUAGUGAAUUAAAUUUAAUACUGAAUACCGGUAUUAGUAUUCUUCCAUAUUAUUAGUACUUGCUCGAACUAUCUUUGGAGACUGCUGAAGGUAGUUCAGAAGUUUGAAUGAAUAAAAAUGAUUUGCUACAUUUAAAAUUUUUUUGACUGAGAUUGUAGAUUAGCUUUUGCCAAAUAUUUCAUUUCAUAUUUUCUAACUGCUACAUUUUGCGAGUUCUUAAUUGUGAGGAACAUUGAACAAGGAGACUUUCUGUACGACAGUGGUUCACUUCAAUUAAUCACAGAACUCAUUAAACGUUGGUGUAUGUAUUUUUCCAAAUGUUUAGUUUACUUCGUUACUAAUUGAUUUCUUAACAUGAAUUUGUCAGUCUCUUUCAUAAACCCAUAAAAAGAAA